AUGGCCAACAAGGAUGAUUUGCGCCCGCAAGUCAUGGGCGUCAUGAUUACCUUCUGGAUCUUGAGUUGGGUUAUAGUCAGUCUUCGAGUCUAUGUUCGCGCUUUCAUGAUCAAGUCUUUCGGCAAGGACGAUGUUGCUAUGAUUGUCACACUCCUUCUAUUCACAGCAUAUCUAUCAUGUCAGGCCGCAGCAGUAACGCACGGUAUUGGAAGACAUCGCAAGGAUAUUCCUGAGAAAGACUUGCCAAUCGGCUUUGCUGCUUGGAUGUUCGCCGAGAUUUUCUAUACCGCAUCAGCAUCUGUUUUGAAGGUCGCCGUUGGCCUUUUCCUGGAGCGGAUCACUCAGAACAAAGUACACAUCCUGAUCAUCCGAAUCAUGAUGGCCGCUACCAUGUUGAUCGGCACAAUUUACUUCUUCGUCGCUCUCUUCCAAUGUACUCCAAUCUCAUUCUACUGGGACUUCUCACCAAACGCCAAAGGACACUGCAUCAGUCCCAUGGUUCUGGUCGUCAUUUCUUAUGUUGCCUCUGUCCUCAAUGGUGGCGCCGAUUUCUUCUUUGGCAUCCUACCCAUCUUCAUCGUCAAGGAUCUCAACAUGAAGAGAAACACCAAGAUUGUGGUUGCUGGCAUUCUUGGAUUCGCUGCUAUUGGAUCUCUCUCUACUCUGGUCCGCCUUCCCUAUGUCAAACAACUUGGAACAUACAAAGGAGACUUCCUUUAUACUUCUACAUACAUCGCUCUUUGGAGUACCGUCGAGGUCGGAAUCGGCGUUUCAGCGGCUAGUCUGGCAACACUGCGCCCGUUGGUACAAAAGAUCUUCCCCAAUCUCCUUCCCGAUUCUCCCAGCGGACCUGCAAAUUCAAACCUCAAAUGGUCCACCAAACAUGGCAGAAGAACACACAGAAAGGGCGAUCCUCUGGGCAGUAUGGAAGAUGGCACACGCAAAAACCACACCAUGGUCACUACAGUGACAGGUGCAAGGCCAAUCUCUGGUACCCACGACAAUGGAAGCCAAGAGAACAUCUUCGCAGGAGCAGAUGACAGAGACAUGAUGCCCCUCAAGACUUGGGAUCAUGGUAUCAGCAAGAGUGUGCAAGUCACUACAACGGAGGAGAGACAUGCAGCGAGAUCAAGUGUCUCUCUUGAAAGCAGUAAAGACUAUGCAUCCGACGACACAACAUUUGCUUACGAGCGCGUGUAA